AUGAUGGCAUCGCAAACUACCCUUGAAAAAAAAAUUGUGGAGCUACAAAGUUACAUAAAUACAAAGCAAACACCCCAAAGUUCACGACCAAAGAUACAAAGGGUGCCAGGCUAUCUCAGAAAAAGUAAAAAUUAUGAGAUGCAUUACGCACCUAAGUUGGUUUCAAUAGGCCCUAUCCAUCAUGACAAUACAAAUCUAAAGUCAGGGGAGAAGUACAAGCUUAUGUGGGCGGCAAAAUACAUCAAAAACACUGGAAGCAUUCUAGAGGAACUGCACAAAAAGAUUGCUGAUAACAUUGAUGAACUGAAGUGUCAUUUUAGUGACGAUGUUUUAACUUUAACCGGAAAGUCACUUCAAGGAUUUGGUAGCCUAGAAGAAAAGCUGUCAUGGAUGUUGUUCGUGGAUGGAUGCUCUUUGCUGCAUAUCUUGGAUAACAUUGUUCACGCAGGGCCCAUAAAUAUUAAGCUUGAUCAACUGGAUCUUGUGAUAAUGGAUGUGCUUUUGUUGGAGAAUCAACUUCCUUAUGAAGUACUCAAGCUAUUGUGGAAAGAUAACAACGAGAGUGAGUUGAUAAUAUGCAUGUGGAAAUUCCUCAGCCAUCGUCAUUUGGAUACGCCAGAUGAGUCAGAGUCAAAGAAGGAGAAGAACGGGGUUCCAAACAGAAAAGGAGAAGGACAAUAUAGUGUAUCAAUACCAUUACGAAAUGAGUCACAGUCAGAGACACCCACUCAUCUUCUUGAUCUACAGCGUAAAUAUAUCCUCAUUACAUCUAAUUCCAAGAAGCUUCUUCAACAAAUAAAGAAAUGGAGUGAGAAGAAUUCGGAGGAAAACAUCCCGCUGAUUACAUACAGGAGCAUACAAGAUCUAAGAGCAGUAGGAAUAAGACUUAAGUCAAGCAAGACACAAAGGCCAACAGAGAUAGAUUUCUCUGCAGGAUGGUUUGCUGCGAAACUGACUCUUCCUCGGAUCCGUGUGGACAACACUACAGCCGCUACUUUCCUCACUCAUCGACCGUCCUGA